GGCGGGCCGGGGCGGGGAGCCGGGUGUGGGAAGCGUGGCGGCCCCGCCCCGUCUCCUGGACCAGCCGCGGCCGCCAGCGCCGCCGCAGCCGCAGGGACCGGCGGACGCAGCAAAGGCGUGCGGUGCGGGGCCGGAAGUUCCCUCAGAAAAACCGCACAUCUCCCCAGUCCACCAUGGCAGACGAAAUUGAUUUCACUACUGGAGAUGCAGGGGCUUCCAGCACUUAUCCUAUGCAGUGCUCAGCCCUGCGCAAAAACGGCUUCGUCGUGCUCAAAGGGCGACCAUGCAAAAUCGUGGAGAUGUCAACUUCCAAGACUGGGAAGCAUGGUCAUGCCAAGGUACACCUUGUUGGAAUUGACAUUUUCACUGGCAAAAAAUAUGAAGACAUUUGUCCUUCUACUCACAACAUGGAUGUUCCAAAUAUUAAGAGAAACGAUUAUCAACUCAUAUGCAUUCAGGAUGGUUACCUUUCCCUGCUGACAGAAACUGGCGAAGUCCGUGAAGAUCUUAAGCUGCCAGAAGGUGAACUGGGCAAAGAAAUAGAAGGGAAAUACAAUGCAGGUGAAGAUGUGCAGGUGUCUGUCAUGUGUGCCAUGAGUGAAGAAUACGCUGUAGCCAUAAAGCCCUGCAAAUAGACAAGCCCUGCAAAUGGACCAUCAGCAUAACCAGGUCCAUUGGUCUGGAUCUAGUUGUCCCAAAGCUAUGGCCUUCAUAAGAAACCUCAUGUUUGUUGUUAUGUUUUUAUUGUUUUAAAAAAGUGCUGGCUUAGGUUUGCAGGCAGUUAGUAAGUUUAAACAAAUAUACCAAAACGUAUAAUUUUAUAAGUAUCUGUCCUAUAACACUCCUGUGGUUUUCAUCAUGUGACCAUAAGAAACAAAUACAACAGCUUCAGUAAAUGUCACUUUUCUGAGCAAAUCACUCCUGAUCUUAAGUGGUUAACAAACCAGGGUUUUAAAUCAGCAAUGUAGCAUGUAGGCGAAUGGAAGUAUCAUGCAUUUCAGUUGAAUUGCUUUGUGCUGAUUUCAGACUUUAUAUCUAGAAUUCAUAGACUAUAAGAUGGUCUGUGUGGCAGACACACAUCUUGAAACGAAACUCUAUUUAUCAAACAGUGUCAUUCUCUUGGUGGUCAGAUGUCCCAUAUUAUCUUCAUCAUGUUUAUCUGUGCUGUGUUGAUGACGACAGACCUACAGAGUAGUUUCAGUUGACGGAGGGAAGGGAACUGCUGCGUACGUCUGAGCUAGUCCACCAGGCAGUGGAGAUUCACAGGGGCAGAGGCAAAGUGCUGGUUAACGCUGUAGAGUUGACUCAAGACCUUUCAACCAGCACACAAAGUGACAGAGCUCUGGUUGUAUUUUUGCUUUUGGCUAUGUCCCCAGCCUCUGCCUCAUUACAGGAGUGACCUUUCCAGAGACGCUCACUACUUCCAGCCAUAAUGCCUAAGUGAUCAUGAUGUUGCCCUCCCUGCAAUUUUUUUUAAGUAAUUUGUUUUUGACGUUAGACUAAAAAUAGGAAUUUUAAAGUUGCUUUGGAAUUCUCGACUUUAAAUUGAUUUGUUAAGUAUAUGUACACUUUUCUAAAGUGUAAUAGGUGUAACCAUGGAAGAAAGGUUAUCUUAUUUGAAAAUUAUUUUAAGUGUGUAUAUACUUUUAUUGUUUUGUGACUUAAUUCUUUUACUGAUGUAAAAUACAACUAGGAUUCUGUGGCCUGGAUUAUUUUACUGCAUUGUAGGUAAUGCCCCUCCAUUUUUGUUUAGACUUCUGGAUUGUGUGUAAAUUGUGUCUAAAAUUGUAGACAUGGUUGUGGGCUUGAGAGGAACAAAUGGAAUCACAAUCAUGGCCUUGGCGUGCAGCUUAGAACAGAAUCCCUCUCAGUCCCACCUUGACUCUCUGAUGCCGGCUCUCGGGUUCCUCUUCUCAUGUCUGGACCCUUUGUUCCCAGCUAGGAAAAAUGUGUAACAAUGUAACUCACCUAAUCAGCAACUUGAAAUAGCUUUACAAAUGGAAGACCCCAAGAUUUUAGUUCCUUAAUUUGUAUGCAGUUUUAAAUCUUGUCUUGUUAUCAAAAGGUAUCAUCUCUUUUUGAUAACAAGAUAAACCAAUCCAGAGAUGAAGCAAGAUACCCUAGGAGACGUGCCGGGAAGGGAUGUCUAAAGCACAAGAUAUUGACGUUGUAGCCAGUUGACUUUAGUGUGACCCGUUAGCUUCUGCCCGUGCAAAGCACAAUUAGGAAUUAGGCUCAAUUUUUCCCAGGUAUCUGCUCUAUGCUGCUUUCGAUUCCUGCUGCUGGGGGUUCCUUGCAGGACUGAUUGACAUGUUAGCCCCAGGAAUUCCAGGAAGUGAUUUCUUUCUGCUUUGCUGUCUUCUGGUCAUUGUCUUGCCAAUAAGUAGCCACACUGGUGUUUUGAUUUCAUAUUUCUUUAGGAGUUGCAUGCUCUUAUCCUUCCUAAUUUAUCAAAUUUCACAUGCAUCUCUACUUUUCAUUGUAGUAUAUGCAUAUAAAUUAGAGCAGUGUACCUCUAGCUCCGUACCUUGAAUGGCAAAAACUACUUAGGCCUAAGUAUUUCGAUUUAAAUAAUAUAUAAGUGUACAUACUCCAACAUGUAACUAUAGACUUUAAAGAUACAGGACUGUUUAUUUUCACAUAAGUCAGUAGAUGUUUCUCUUAAAGCAAAAUAUUGCAUUUAGUAAAGCUUUAUAAAUUAUAUUAAAGGGAAGCAGGGGUUAUGUACUUUUUAACAGAAAACAGAAAUGACUUCUUUUGACAUCAGAAAAAUGCUACCAGUUGAUUCCUAAUAUUUGUUGUACUUAUAGCAGAUCUCCGGCCUCACAAGGCACCAUGUUGAGAAUGGAAUUCGUUCUGACGUCACCGCCAUCUGCGUCUGUACACAUUUCUUUCUUUCUUUGCCAUUUAGACAGUAUUAACAGGUUGAACGUUUUUGUUCUAGAAUAACAGCUUAAUUUCUAUUGUGAAGAUUUUGCCACACUGAUAACAAUUGUGUGUCCUCUGACCUAGAUCAGACCCUUUUGGCUUUGACUUGGGCUGCCAGUCACUUGAAGUGGACCAAGCACUUGACUCUGUUCCCCUCCAUAGUACAGAUUUCUAUACCAGUGCUUUUAUAUCAGUGACCAAAAUACUUGCAGCCAGAUGUGAUAUCUUCAAGAGAGCACACUGCAGUGCAGUGUUUAGAGAAGUUGGGGAUGCAUGCUUUUCAUUAGCGCACAGUGUGAGUGUAUAUACAAAUACACACAGCUUUGUUCAUUUGUCAAGUCCUUCCAACUACUAAAUGUACUGUAGUCUGGUAGUGCCUCAAAUGUUAGUUUGAUAUUCAUUGUUUUUAAUUUGUAAGUUUUUCAGAAUUUGUCUUGUAUUUUUAAGGCUCUCAAUUAGAUUGUUUCUAGUUGAGCUGGACUUCAAAUGCACUGUUCUCAGGGCUGCUUGUGCAGAAACUGAAGUGUCAUUAUUUUAAAGAUAGCUGCCUACAAAUAUAUUGCAAGUUUUUCCCAAGUCGUAAUACUGUAAUACAUACAAAUAAAAAUCCUUAGUAUAACAUAUUUAAGCUAUCUGGUAAGUGUUUGGUUUUUUUUUGUUUGUUUGUUUGUUUGUUUUAAAGUGGGAGCAUUAGUAGCAGCCGUACUGGAAUCGUGCUGUAGUUUUUGCUUCAGAGUAAAAUCCCAGGGGUCUUACUGUGGAACCCUGUCCUUGGUGGUGUAUCUGAGAGCAUGUUUUUGGCACAGAUGCAAAAGAAGAGUUUUGGAGCUAGACAUUGAUACAUUGGUUCUCAGACACAUUCAAGAACAGACAGGAAAUUCUUAACUCUUUUGGGUAUCUUACAAUGUUUACAUGCUGGAUUCACACUUGCUAUGAGGAAAUAUGGAUGUCUGGUAUAAGAUCAAAGCUAUUAAGGUGUAUUUCCAUAAACAGUAUAUUAUACUGAUAGGAACUUGUAAAUCUUCUAAUAUUUAAGUAUACUAUUACAUAGUUCUCAAGACUUUUUUCUGUCAAGAUUUCGAAGAAGGCAACAAAGACUUUUUUUUUUUUAAAUCUAAGUGGAUAAAUCUUAAAAUUGAAUCUAAUAACUUAAAUCUGUGAAAUGUGUUCUCUGAAUUGGACAAACAACAUUAUUAUUUGAUUGUAGAGAGAACAUUGGGACUUAGCUUACGGAGCACAGAUGUUCUGUGGAAACAGGGUUUAAGUCACUAUGUAAUUUAAUUUUUCCAUUAAUCCAAACACCAACAUAACUACCAAGUGAGGUCAUGCACCUGAAAAGAGCUGUAAAUAUUUAAUAAAUAUGUUUUCUUCAUGUGAAGGACAUAUCGUAGGGUAGUGCACACAAGGUCACCCUCUGCUGUAAACAUCCUUACUGCCAAACUUCUCCAUCACUACUGUCCACACUUAAAACAGGCCUGGACCUAUAUUACAGUAACAAGGGAGAUUCUUUUAUGUAUAUGACAUUCUUAGAAACCAUUUCUAGACGUUGGUGGGAUUUGGUUCAUCUUAGUUUGAAACUGUAGUUUUAAAAACACUGAAUAGUAAACUAUUCAGCAAUGGCUGAAGAGCCUAUGAGACGCUGUGGCUAUGCUCGUCCUUAAGCCGAUUCCUUAUUGUGGCUGAUCUACUACAAAUAAUCCCUCAUCAUUAUUACAAAGACUACUUCACAUUACUAGCUCUGAACCAUGAUAAAACAAUGACAUUUCCCUAUUCUCUUGUACUCGUAUCCCCCUCCCUAGAAGAAAACAGAUAAAUGGCAUUGUCUAAUCCAUUGGCACUUUGUUAAUAUUAUUUUUGUCUUAAAUAUAGGACACUUCUUGAAUUUACUUGCAAAUGUUUUGUUAAAACUUUAAAAUUGUAAGAUCUGAAUAUUAUAAUUGUGCGUUUUACAUUUUAAAAGUAAGUAAACUUUGAAUGUUAAAUCUCUGGCUAUACUAAAAUAUCCUUGUCAAUGAUAACAUUUUGUUACCUUAAAAUAUAUGUCUGUUAACUUCGUGUUAUAUUAAAUGAAAAUAAACUUAACAGUGCACAAUUCUUA